AUGGCUGACCGGGUCAUAGUGGGUGGGUAUAUCUGGCAAUGCGCGGAGACAGACCGGAAAACCAAAGUGGGCCGGGCCGGACUGGGCCAGUCCGGUCACAGUGGGCGCCGUCCUUUAGUUCUUGCAUUUGAGAUAGAGCAGAUAACUACUAUGCUCAGGAUAAUCCAGGACGAAAACUCUAAACUAAAAAAGGGAAAUGCCGAGCUGCGCAGCGCUGUGUCUAAUCUGGAGGUUAGAGUGAGGAGUAUUGAACAAUAUUCUCGAAAGCAAAAUAUAGAGAUUGAUGGUAUUUCUGAGACUCAAAGAGAAGACAUCUACGCUGUACUAAAUGACGUCGGAAAAGCCAUCGGAGUCGAGUUGAAGAAAGAAAAGGUAGUCGCCGCUCACCGCGUUCCGACCUUCAACAAGAAGAGUAUGCCCCCAAGAUUCCUCCUCGUCGUGAGAUUUACUUCAUACGACGAAAAGGAUGAGUGGAUCAAUGGGUUCAAGAGAGUGAGACCUCUGAUGGCUGACAAGAUCAACCCCAACUUCAACUCGUCAACCAGAGUAUUUGUCAACGAGCACGUCUCGCCGGAGAACAAACAACUGCUGUCGAAAACCAAGGAAGCUGCCAGAGAGAAGAACUACAAGUACGUGUGGAGCAGAGACGGGAGGAUCUUCGUACGGAGAAGUGAAGGGGAGAAAUGUAAGAGAAUAGACUUAAGUUCUGACUUAGAAAAGCUGUGA